GCAAAUCACAGGCGGAGGUGGGCGGAGCCUCGGCGUCGCGGCGCACUGCUAGCAUCAAGUGUGGCAACAAUUAGCAGCAACAAAUCCUCUUUUUUGCCCUCAAAUCUUCCUCCUUUUAUUCUCUAGCACACCUCGGGGACUGUAGCGUGCCUGCAACUCAGCCAACAUGCCUCCGAAGAAGCCGGCUGCCCCCCCGGGGAACAAAAAGACGCAGGAGAAGAAGAAGGAAAAGAUCAUUGAGGACAAAACGUUUGGCUUGAAGAACAAGAAAGGGGCCAAACAACAAAAGUUCAUCAAGAACGUGACACAGCAAGUGAAAUCUGGACCGCAAAACGUCCGACAGGUGAGGUCGACACUUCUUCUUCUGCUAGGACGUAGAGGAGAAGACCAUGUGUGUGCGUCUCAGGUGGAGGGUGACAAGACCGCCAAGAAGACGGACAAGAAGAAAGAGUUGGAUGAGCUCAAUGAGCUCUUCAAGCCCGUAGUCGCCGCUCAGAAAGUCAGCAAAGGCGUGGAUCCCAAGUCGGUGCUGUGCGCCUUCUUCAAGCAGGGCCAGUGCACCAAAGGGGACAAGUGCAAGUUCAGCCACGACCUGUCCAUGGAGAGGAAGUGCGAGAAGAAGAGCGUCUACGUGGACCAGAGGGACGAGGAGCUGGAGAAAGACACCAUGGACAACUGGGACGAGAAGAAGCUGGAGGAGGUGGUCAACAAGAAGCACGGCGAGGCUGACAAGAAAGUCAAAACUCAGAUCGUGUGUAAAUUCUUCCUGGAGGCCAUUGAGAACAACAAAUAUGGCUGGUUCUGGGUGUGCCCAGCAGGGGGCGACACCUGCAUGUACCGCCAUGCCCUGCCGCCCGGCUUCGUGCUGAAGAAAGACAAGAAGAAGGAGGAGAAAGAGGAGGAAAUCUCUAUGGAGGAGCUAAUAGAGAGAGAGCGCUCAGCACUGGGUCCCAGCGUGACCCGCAUCACUCUGGAGACCUUCCUGGCGUGGAAGAGGAGGAAGAGGCAGGACAAGGUGGAGAAAGCGAGGGAGGAGAUGGAGAAGAAGAAGGCGGACUUCAAGGCCGGCAGGUCGCUGGUGGUCAGCGGUCGCGAGGUCUUUGAGUUCCGACCCGAGCUUGUGGACGACGAUGACGAGGAGGCGCUCGACGCCCGAUAUGCCAACGAGGAUGAGGAGGAGGAGGAUGAGGAGGAAGAGACCCACAACUCCCAGGUCCAGGUCCAGGACAUAGACCUGUCCCGCUUCGUCCCUCAGGAGGUGGACGACACAGGUAUAACUGUGGCUGCCAGGGACCGCUUCUCCUCCAGGACCAAGACUCCCAUGGUGGCUCAGGACCAUGAGCAGUUGAACGGAGCUUGUGGUGGCACCGAAGCCAACGUCCCACCAGGGGGUGAGGAGGAGGAGGAGGAGGAGGAGGAAGAGGACGUACCGGUGGAUGAGAACUUGUUCACUGGAGAGGAUCUAGAAGAUCUAGACGAGGAGCUCAACACGCUGGCCUUGGACGACUGAGCAGGACAAACUUAAGGACCACAAAAGACUGACGGACAUAUAUGGUCACAUGACUGUCUGACUCCGCCCCCCUGGUGUAAAGAAGUGGUGAAAACGCUGAUUCUGUUCUAAGAAAUGCAGCCGGUUCCUUCUCUAACGACGUCACCUUCUUGUUGGCCUAGAACCAAAGGAGACUUCAGUCUUGCUGGGACUGGAAGUGAUGUUCAUGAAUUAAAUAGUCAAUCAAUUAUUA